CGCGUAGUUGAAAGCGACACUCGGUAGACGAUCAGCUGGCUCUUUGUUGCCUGCCUUGAUAGGCCAAAAGCCCAAACAGAAUUUGUAAUGGAGUGGUAAGGAAAAGUCCGUUAAAUCGUCACUACAAUCUCAAACAAAGCCCUCUACCCAAUUGCUGGGAGUGUGGUAAGGUGCUGCAAGCGGUGCAACUUGAGACGAGCAGUACUGCAGAAUGGAAGUCCCAAUGGAUGUAGCUGGGGGCAAAAGUUCUUGUCCUGAUGUAUCAACACUGGUGCAGAGUCUACAACAAGCCUUGGCCCUUGAAGCUAAGUUCCAACCAAAGCUUCAACUUCCGUCAACAGCCAGCAAUACAGGAGAAAGCGGUGAAAUUACAUGUGCAAUGAGGGAUGGAGCUGCUCAUGUUCUUCGCUGCUUGAAGGUCUGGUAUGAUCUUCCUUCUGCAGUUCUUCUGGAUGCUCUCAAUAUGAUGGACCGGUUCAUGAGCCGCAUGAAAGCACGCCCUAAACACCUCUCAUGCAUAGCAAUCAGCUCCUUCCAUCUAGCAGCUUGCCAAUGGGUUGAGAGGGUUAAACAGAACAACAAUGAGGCAUCUUCCCUUCAGAGUCCAUUGCAGGUUGUUCCUGAACCACAAGAUCUGGUAACAAUAUCUCAAUGUAAAUGUACCGCCGGAGACAUCAACCGGAUGGAAAAAAUUGUCGAAGCCAAGUUAGCUUGUUUACCCCAAGAAGAACCGGUCACGACCUUAACAUUCCUCAACCUGUAUCACUCACUUCUCUCGACGACUUUACCUGCCGCUCUUCAGCCAGACCUACUGAUCCUUUCAUGCAAGCUGGAGACUAUUUGCUGUGACGCAAAUUAUGCUGCCUUUCCCUCAUCACUUUUGGCUUUCGCCCUGCUGUUUGUCGAGAUGAAGUGUCACCAGCCGGCCAUCGAGGUCAUCAUCAGAGACGUUUUACUAGAACUUCAGAGACUUGUUCAGGUCAAAGAUGACAAGUUGAAGGAGUGUAUUAGAAUGGUCACUUCGGUAAUGGCACCUUACGAUGGCUAUGCCCAAAGUAAUCCGUCUCAUCGUCAACGACUUACCUGGAAAUUGUCCAGGCGUACUUUAAAGCAGUUACGGCCAACCGAAAAAUUAGUUAAUGUUUUACCCACAAUCGAGGAAAACCGCCAAUUUGGACAGGUGCAAAAACGAAGUCGCCGUUCUCGUCUUACUCCGCACAAGAUGCGACCUGUCUCCCCGGGCGCGGUCUUGUCCUCUCUGCCUCUGCCCUUCCCGACCAAAGAAGAUUUGACGUCUUUCUUCGACAAUUUCGUUGCGGCUUCACCUUAUUCAUUUAGAUUCCUUUACGGUCUUGAGGAAGAAAGUCCUUCUACUGCUUGAAUGGGGAAAUUCCAGCAACGUUUGCAAAUAUUCUUCCUCUUAAAAAAUUUACACACACAAUUAUUAGAUGUAUUUUGUUUAUCUUCUCGAAGCGGCUUUCUCUUUGAAAGGAAAAAAGUUCAACAAUUGCCUUGUAGAUACUGUAGAUAAAUAACUGCCAUUCUGAAUUUUAAGGGAUUUGAAAACGCAAGAUUGUCAUUCACUUUAGUCUAAAAGAACUUUUCAAAUCUUGCAACCACUCGGCAUGGAGUUUUGCCAAUUCGAAAGAACUUGCGAACGUUGGUAACCUGAAUCAAUUCGUCAACUUUAAUAUUUCUAUCAGUGAUUUAUUUAUUGUAUUAUUUCUACGUUUGUUUGUAACGAGUCUCAAUUUUUUUUUGCUUGUCCCCUUAUUCCCUACUUCGUCGUUCAUGAAAGAAAUGGAACAAAAACAAUAAAAAAGUACAAAAUUGUCAACCUGA